AUGGACAGUGUCCGGGUUGCCGUCAGGCGUCCCCAGAAUGUAUGGUGUUCACUUGCCUCGACAUCUUCAUUUUCUCUUACGUCUCCUUCCUCCUCUCUCGCGAGGAGAAACGUCAAGGAUAUCCGAAGGCUUUUCAAAUCCCACAGACCACCACAACGACACACGUUGACUACCUCUUUCUCCCUCACCGCUACUCACUGCUGUCCAGAUUGUUGUGCAAAGCAUCAGCAAAUUCUGUCUCUCGUUCAGACACUUGCUAAGAAAAAGAACGCUAACUUUUUUCUACUCCGUCUAGCAGCAUCACCAAACUCUCGCCGUUUUUGUCGUCUCUCCCUCCGCUCCUUCUUCUCCGGCACCAGCUCCCCAGCCGCCACCAUGGUCGCCGCCUUUGCUGCCGCCUUCACCGCCGCCGCCGCCAAACUUUGGGGCUUCAUUGCCCAGAGGGCUCUGUCCCUCACCACCACAACCACCACUGACGCCGCCGCUGCCGCUGCUCCUGGCUCUCCCGCGGCCCCCUCCCCCGGGCGCUCAGCCUAG